GAUCCUACAAAGGAGCUGAAGCUACCUCCAUGGCCGGUUUUCGUAAUGCAACAAUGACUAAACUCAAUUCCGCGCCCGAUUUUGAUGCUGUCAAGGAUAUAUAUACAUGUAUGGAUUAAAGUUUCGUUGUCGACGACCGUACAGACACAGCCAACGCAAACACGUUUAUCGAUCCCCAAGUCGCCAAAGAAAGACACAUUCAAUCAUGCCUUCUUAUCUAAUAACAGGCGCGUCGCGUGGUUUGGGAUACGCCUGGAUCAAACACCUAUCUUCCGACUCAAGCAACACUGUAUUCGCACUUGUGCGCAACAAAGCCGCAACAGAGGAGAAGCUGUCCUCAGACGACACCAAGAAUGUCCAUGUCCUUCAAGCAGACAUCACAGACUUGCCGGCACUGCAAGCCGCCGCUGAGGAAGUCUCCAAAGUGACAAACGGCAGUCUCGACAUUCUCAUCCACAACGCCGCUCUCCUAGUCGGCGCCAGCGCCUUCACCACAGUCCUAGGCCAGAGUCCCGAGGACCUCGCGACUGAAUUGACAGAUUCAUUUCACUCGAAUGUCGUCGGAUCAUCCUACGUUCUCAACGCCUUUCUGCCUCUCAUCCGUGCUGGCAAAGAAAAGAAAAUUGCAGUCAUCACCAGUGGCAUGGCAGAUCUUGAGCUUGUCAACAAAUAUUCUAUUGCAUUAGCAACACCCUACGCAGUCUCCAAAGCAGCUUCGAAUUUGCUUGUGGGGAAAUACCACGCUGCACUCGGAAAAUCUGAAGGAAUUUUGGUGUUUUCGAUCAGUCCUGGGGUGGUGAAUACUCAAACUGGAGAAUUGACUGAAGAGCAGAAGAAAGUUGUUGGGGGGAUGAUGGCUCAGUUUGCGGAGGUGGCGCCGCACUGGAAGGGUCCGAUUACAGCGGAGGAGAGUGUGACGAAGCAGCUUGAGGUCAUUGAACGGGCGACGGUAGAGGAGUUCGGUGGUGCGUUCGUCUCGCACUAUGGAAACCAGCAGUGGCUCUAG